CUGGUAUAUUUAGGUAUUUUUUCGGUAUAAUAUUUGAGUAUGUUUUUUAAUAGAACUCAUCGCGGACAUACAACAAAAUUUCAAGGAAUUUCAUUUCUACAACUUACUGCGAUGUGCUAGUAAAACUGAACUGGAGAAAUUGAUUAAUUCUACGAGAUAAAGUUAACAAAAAUAUAAAACAGCAAAUUGAAAACCCAUGCGUGAGAAGUGUGACGACGAAGAGGAAAAGUGCAACAACUACAUGAAUUACAAAUAUAAGUCUAAAUUAAAUCCUUAGUUAACCAAAAUCACCAAAAUAUUUUCAUAAUUUUAAAGAAAUAUUCUAAGCGUGAUAGCCAGUUUUGAAACAACCCGAAAAAAGUCAUUUUCCAAAAAGGAAUCAACUGAAAAUCGGCGAAACGAAUCGAAUCAAAUCGAAUUGAUUCGAUUAACAGCUGUGCUGUAUGUACACAUGCACCUGUGUGUGUAAGGGGGCGCGCGCGUGUGUGUGUGCGUGUACGUGAGUGUUUCGCGUGUGUGUUAGUGUAUGUCAGUGUUGGUGGCGAAAAUUGAAACGCCCGCUAAACAAAGUCAAGCGCUAGAUGGCGCUCUCGCUGCCGCCUUUGACCAGUGUUGUUGUUGUUGUCGGUGUGCCAGUUGUUGUUGUUGUUGAUGCUGCAGCUAAUAAAACGCGGAAAGGCAAAUUAUAACCGCCCACCAAGCCCACAACACAAAUCCAACACCACCAUCACCACAACGACCACCCCCCAAAUAAAUAUAUUUCAAUUUAUUAGCCUAACAAAAUCAACUCCCCAACAAUAAGAAAAAAAAAAAUAAUAAAAAAUAAUAAGUAAUAAUAAUAAACAAGAGUUUCGCAUUACCCAUCGCCGGUCGGUUCAAAUUGCGUCGCGUCGCAUCGUGAUCGUCGCUAGUCCUCGGAUCGGAUCGGAACGGAACGGAACAUUAUAGUACGGACGGUUACGGAUCAGAACGGAUCGUAUCGUAUCGUAUCGGAUCGGAUCGGAGCGGAUCAGUUGGCAGUCGGUGGCACCUGACAACGCAACGCAACGCUAACCGCUAUUAUGCAUCGGCGUCGUCGGCUGGCCAGUGCAAAAAUCGCAUUCGAAUUGGCGGGCGAGCAGCAGCAGCUAAAACAACUGACACAGAACGCCAUCGAACAGGCUUAUUAAAUAAUAUACAUAAAUCUAUAUAUAUACAUAUAUCUAAUUCUAAAUAUAAAGACAGUCGAUAAACCGUAGUUUUUAGUAAAACUAACCGAAGGUUAAAUAACUUUUUUCCGUGGCCCAAAUAAUCCAAGAAACGUCAAUCCUGGAUUAUUUGCUAAAGACUUUGCGCACGCUGAAAUCCAAUUCGAUUAUGGCCGAGAAUCAAAGUGCGGCCAGCGAAGAUUCCGGUCACCAACAACAACAGCAGCAGCAACAGCAACACCAGCAACAUCAGCAACCACUAGCCGCAACAUCAGUCACAUCAGCCACAUCGGCCGCAUCGACCUUAGCUAAUCAAUCGCCCACUAACUCGCAGGCCUCGUCCCCGGAAAACUCGCAGGAAGCACUGCCUCUUCUGCGACGACAGCAAUCCGCGACAGUAGCAGUAGCAGCGGCAGCAGCAGCAGCAACAGUUGCAGCCACCAGCAGCAACACGCCGCAACAGCAGCAGCAGCACCAGCAGCAGCGCAGCAGCAUCAGCAACAUGUUUGAUCGCACGGUGAACGCCAAGUUCAAGCCGGCUGCCGCGAAUGCUGGAACGGGCAACAAUCCGGGGCGCCGCAACUCCAUGCUGACGCCCGCCCGAGGGGUCAGUGUGGGCGGGACAGGAGGAAACAUACGCAAGCUGACCAAGGUCAACUCGCUGACCAACAACCAUAGCUUCUCCGUGUGCUAUCCCCCCAGCUACAUCUAUCACAAUAGCAACAAUGCCGGCAGCAAUUCGGCGCUGCAGCGCACGACCAGCGAAAGUCUGCGCCUGAAUUCGCUGACUCGUGUGGCAGCUUCGGCCGCAGCUGCAACGGUGUCGCGCGCCAGCAGCAACUCCAGCCUGGCCACGUCCACCUCCACAUCGCUGGCGCCCAAAUCCAGCAGCAGCAGCGGUGGCAGCAACUCCACUUCGCAGCAGCAACAGCAGCCACCGGUGAGCAGCAACAGCAGCAGCAGCGGUGGCAGCGGCAGCAACAACAGCUUCACCAAGGCCAGUUCGCCCAACAACAACGGCGCUCGUUCGGUGGGCGGAGCAACUGCAUCGGCGUCGGCAGGCAGCCAUCACCAUCAGCCACAUCACCACCAUCAUCACCAUCACCACCACCAGCAUCACAGCCACGGGCAACAUCAGCAGCAGCAGCAGCAACAGCAACAACAGACUAGCCUGAGUCAAGGACACGCCUCGCUGACCGUCGCCGGUGGUGGCGGUGGUGGUGGGUCCUCGGGGGCAGCUGGUGGUGCCACCAAUCGCAAACCAAAGACGACUUCCUCAUUCGAGAUCACCUCGGUGACGGUGGGCCAUCCCAAGCUGAAUGCGGCUGGCGAUACUGGCGACGAGUCGGCCGACGAUCUGGACGAAUCUCACACGGAUGACAACAGUCGGAUAACGGAUCUGGAGAACGAGACGCCCUCGAUGUCGGAGGACACGUUCUCCAAGGAGGAGGUCUACUAUGCCAACAACGCCCUCAGCACGAAUGCCCCGGUGAUACCGACUAGCUCACAGUACGGCCUCGUUGUGGUGGAUCCCAUUGGCCCCUCGCUCGGCCAGACCAUCCAGAAUGUCCAGGUGAACGUGUCGGAUAACAUAAUCAAUGUGGUGAGUGGCGCCGUGACUCCCGGCGGCACCAAGAAGAAGGACGACAUCAAGGAGACGCAGCAUCGCAGCGAACGGUUCAAGGUGGUCAAGAUCGAGUCCACGGAGCCGUUCAAGCGCGGUCGCUGGAUGUGCAUGGACUACCUGGACCACUCGAGUGUGGGCAACGGUGGUGGUGGUGGUGGCAACAACAACGAAAAGACUGGCUCUUCAACUUCCGAUGCGCACGCUGCCACAGCGGAUGGCGCAGCAGCAGCAGGUGUUGCCGCAGGUGGCACGGAUGCCGCCCUGCCGCACAAGACCACCCAGAGCAUGAUUCUGCCGCCCACGCAGAAGCUGAACGAGAAUCACCUGGAGGCCAACUCGACCGAUGCCAAUUGGAACUAUGCCGAGCAGCAGCAACAGCAGCAGUCGCAGUCGCAGCAGCCGUCGCAGACCCAGCAGCAAUCCUCGCAGCAGCAGCAGCAACAGAUAAGUGCCGCGCCCAGUGGGGUGAUGACCGCCCCCGCAACGGUGGUGCACGGGAUGCACCAGCUGCACAUGGAGGCCCAGCAGCAGCAGCAACUCUUCGAUAGCGUGAAUGCCAAUGCCGGUUCGCCAAAUCCGGCCGGUGACCCCAGCAACAUGGACUACGCUCGAACGGCGGCCAUGCAGCUGCAGCAGACGUUGCAGCAGCUGAAGCAACGGGAGGAGGCCAUGGACGUCCCCUCGGGAGGCGGUUAUCCCAACUACCAGAACGGCGGCGAUGUUGCUGGUGGGGCGGCCAACAACAACAACAGCGGUGGAGCUGCAGCAACCGGAGAAGCGCAGCUGAGCACCAGCUAUGUGGAGCAGCAACAGCCACUGUCGCCGGCACCACUUACCCCACAAGCUGCGCCCACAUUCGCAGCUGUUGCUGCCGGGCAGUCGCCCAACUUCCAAUUGGAGCAACAGCAGAAGCAACAGCAACAACAACAGCAGCAGCAGCAACAGGCAACAUCGCAGAUAGAUGGGAUAGUCCCACAGCCAUUUAGCCAGCAGCAACAGCAGCAGCAGAAUCCACAGCAAUCAAACCCACAACAAACAGUAGCAGCAGCAGCAGCUGCAACAUCCGCAGUUGCUGCAGUUGUGCCACAACAGACUUCAAACACUUCCAACGCAGCAGCGGUAACCACUGGCCAGGGUCAGACAUUGCCGCUGCUAUCACACAUGACCAGCUACGAGCAGCAGCAGCAACAGCCUCCCAAUCUGGUAGCAGCGGCAACAGGAGGCGGCGGCACGGCACCAACAUCGGUGGUUGCAGCACCGCCAGCAAUUCCCACGCUGCAAUUGCAGAGUGCUCCUUCCACAAUUGCCGAUCCGCAGCAAUUGAUGGUGCCACAACAACAACAGCAGCAAGAGGAGCAACAGCAACAACAGCCGACACAACAGCAACAGAUUCCGCCAACCAAUAUCGCGAGUGCUAGUGCCAAUAAUAGUAAUCUAAACCUAACGAAUACGAUUGUUGUGGCCAACGCCGAGGCAACGACAAACGCGCUGACCUUGACCGAUGAACUGGCGACCGCGGCAGCAACCACUGCAGUUGCAACCGGAGCUGCAGCAGCAGCAGCAGCAACAGGAGCCCCAUCGACAGCAGCAGCAACGCAGCAGCAAAUUCAACAGCUACAACAGCAACCAAAUGCAGAAUCCGAGACUGAAAGGUAAGCGUUUCAAUUUCAACUCGCCACAAAGACAGUAAGUUAAACGGGGAGGGAUAAUUGUAGCAAAUGGAUAGUUAACUAGACGAACGUGAACCGAUUAAUAAUUCAGAUGAAGGGGGUUUAAGGGUCAUUAAACAACGAUGGAAUUUAAUCGAUAAAAUGUGUAGAAACUUUAGUAAGAAGAAAUAAAUUCUGAAGGGUGAAAUUUAAAAGUUGUAACUACAUAUAAAGCAGAUUACAGUUUUUAUUAAAUUUCUACAAAUAUUUUCUCUUUAUCCGCAAAUUGUUUACCUAUCUUGAUAACUAACAUUUAAUUUUACUGGCUUAUCGCCACAAUAACUCAUUAGAUAUUCAUUCCGUUUGGAAUUUGCUGCUUGCACAACUUAAUAUGGUUCCAUAAGAACUACAGAGUUUAAAACUGCACUGCAAAUAGGCUGAGACGGAGUUGCGCUCGGAAUAUUGACUGUUAAUUAUAAAAUUUCAGUCAAAUAUUUGCUCUCGGCGGCUGUAAGUGCUGUAAAAACAGAUUCCGAGUCAGGGGAACGUGACUCCAACAUCUGGUUAACCACAUUGGAAAAAGGCGUUAACGACUACGUUACGUACAACUAAAAUACCAUUCGUUAUUAAUUUAAAAAGUAUUAAAGGUCUUGCAUUGAGUAGUUAAAUUAGUUAUAUUUUUGUGAAUUUUAAACUCAUUCAGAAUAGUUUUUAUUUGAUUGAACAGCAAUCUUUCUAAAGAAAUCUUGAUAAAUAGGUAAUUAUUUAAUUAUAAUUAUUGCAAAAAAUAUUUUGAGGAUUUCCGGCUUUCAAAAUCAGACGAUUUCAGCCUACUCUGACUAAUGGUCUAAAUUUAGAAAAUGAGUAAAUAAUACCAAACAUAACUGGCUUAUCGCCUGACUAUAAAGAUUAUCAGUGAAGAGAUAAGACUCGAGUUCCUUGAUGAGAACGUUCAACUGACAGCUGCCCAGUUUCAAUGCCUUUCAACCAAUUGCAAUUAAACGCCAAUUAGGCAUGUGUACAUUAGUUUAUGACUAUACAUAUAUAUAUUUAUAUAUAUAUAGUGAUAUAUAGAUGGGCGUUGGAGGAAAGCAACGCAGAAGUAUACCAAGCAUAAAUUCGCCUUAGCUGCAAACUAUUUUUGCCGCUUUAACAUUUGCUCAACUCUAAUGAGCCAAUAAAUUCACAUUACGUAUACGCGCAGGUGGCCAGCUGCUGUAAUUUGCUUAAAUCAGAAAGCAAAACUGAAUCGUUUGCAUUUUUCUUCGCCUCGCUUUUCUGUGACUUUUCCUUCACUCAGGCGCGGCCUCUCGUUGGCUAUAAAUUUCACGCUAACUCGACACUUGUCGCAAUCUUUUCCUCUAAUUUUCUUGGUUUUCCUUGCCAUUUACCCCCGCGGCUUUUGAAAUCCAAUUUCUUUCUCUAUUCAUAAUAUGCCGUAAAAUCGGUUUUCAGUCAGAUGAUCAUAUAGAACAUUCGUUAAGCUGUAGAAACAUGUGCCCAGGCCUUUCCUUAUUUGCUUUGAUUUGUGGCAUUUUCGUAUUUGUUUUGCCAAAGUUUGUUGGCCGCGAGGCUUAUAAUCAAAGUGCACACGCUUUUCCUGUCAUUUGAUACGCAUUGUUUGCUUUAUUGUGACGUCAGCUUAUAGCUAAUAUUGAUUCUGAGGUAGUAUUAUUGAAAAGGCUGAUUUCUUAAUGCGUUAAAUCAUCUUGAUAAUAACUGCAUUUUUGUUACUGAUGGAAAGUUUAGUAGUGAUGUCAAAUCUUUGGAAUAGAUGGUAAUCAUAAGUUAAGGCGGUUACUUCAAUGCAAAGUGCUAUCAGUUGAACUUCCUUUUUUCUAAGCUUCUUCUAUUAUCAUGUUUAUUUGAUUUUGUGCUUUCGUUUAUAAUCAGUCUCAUUUACAUAUUGGCUUUAUUUGCCUAGACCCAACCCAAAAUUAAAGUCCUGUUAAGACCCAUUUAUUGACGGGAAGAUAAGGACACGUUCAAGAUAAAGUUUGUUGAAAGCCGGCGAAUUUUUUUAAAGGUAUUAAAUUUUUAGGUGUGCAGUGUACAAGUUUUUUUGUAGAAAUGUUAAGAACUUUUGGAUUCUUUUACUAAUUGAUUACAAUUACCUUAUUUAAAACAUUCUGUUGACUCACAUUUAAAUUGAAUGAAACAUAAUUGAAGAUGAUUGUUUUUAAAUGAGCUUAUAUAAGCUUUACCCCCAAUCCCCAAAAAAAAAAACCCACCUACAUCUAUUGCUCUCCCCAAUCUUUCCACCUUUUUCCGAUUUUCUAUUUUCCCCGCGCCACCUAUCACUCAAUGCUAAUUAUCAGACUGCGAUUAGAUAGCCUUCUUAUGAUAAGAGCCACACGAAGGUUCUUCAAUGUAAUCUGCUUUGUUUUUCGCUUGUCGCGUUUCGUUUUUUCCUCAUUUUUUUCACCUUUUCCCUGUUAUCGUUCAUCGGCGUCGGUGCUUUGCUCCAAAAAAAUGAAAAAUACAAUGAAAUAAAAAAUAGCGUCGGCUCCAUUCGUGUGUGUAAAUUUUGUUUCUCGCCCAUUAUUCGGCGCUGUCGCCGCCGUCGUCUUCCCAAACUAAAGAGCUAAAGAGCGGAGGAACGCAGAAAAAAUGUAUUUUUGAAAAUAAUUUUAUUGCUGCCGCCGAAGCGCAGCCGCCACCGUCGACGUCGCUGCUUUUGGUUUUCGUGUGUGUGUUGUGUUGUGCUGGUCGUUUUUGGAUUUUGUGUAAAAUUCAGUUUUUGGUUCCAAUUCAGUAAACAAAAACUUGUCGCCGGCGUGAGACGCAAAACGCGAACAAAAAAAAAAAGAAAUAAGAAAAAAAAAGUUACAAACGAAAAGCCCAAAAAGUACAGACCGAAAA